AUGGCCAGGUUGCACCGCUCAGCACCUAUCCACGAGAGACGAUGCAUCGUAACCGCUGGUGACUCGCGGCAGAGACUCGGCAAGGCUUUCUCAACGACCACCCCCAACUACCGUGACCACCAUUUCGAUACAUUGAAGUUCGUACAACGAUUGCGUGGGGAGGGUUUCUCAGAAGAACAAUCAAAAGCUUUGAUGCUCGUGCUUUCAGAUGUAAUAGAGGAGUCCAUUCAAAACCUUACGCGGACGAUGGUGUUAAAAGAGGAUGCGGACCGGUCUACGUACACUCAGAAAGUCGACUUUACGAAAUUACGGUCCGAGCUCCUAGCUCUCGACUCAAGUGACACUUCUAUGACGCUUUCCUCACACGAAAGACUGUCCAAUGAUCUUACAAAGUUGAAUACCAGGUUACGAGACGAGAUAAGUCGUGCUCAAGCAAGUGUGCGACUUGACUUGAAUUUAGAAAAGGGUCGUAUAAGAGAAGAAGCAAAAGCGCAGGAGUUGAAGGUCAAAGAGACAGAGUCGAGGAUCGAGCAAGAAGUCGCAGGCUUGAAGGAGCGGGUGGAGGGAGUAAAGUUCAGCACUCUGCAGUGGUUGGUAGGUGUCUGCACUGGCACGGCAGCUCUUAUUUUGGGUGCUUGGCGUCUCUUGAUGUAA